AUGGCGUCCUCCACAGUCUUCUUUUUUCUUCUUACAGUCAUCUCGCUCUUACUGACGCAUUCGCACGCGCAAUCCACAUGCGCCACACAGAAAUUCACUAACAACAAGCGGUAUGACCGAUGUAGUGACUUACCCCAACUGGGUUCUUACCUCCAUUGGUUCCUUGACACUGCAAAGGAUUCUGUGUCUAUCGUCUUCAUCGCGCCACCGGCUACACCCGACGGAUGGAUCUCCUGGGCUAUUAAUCCCACCGGAGAUGGGAUGGCCGGAUCACAGUCUUUGAUCGCUUAUAAAGCAUCCAAUGGGUCCAUUCUAGUGAAUACAUAUAACAUAAGUUCGUAUGGUUCUAUUGUGGAAGGGAAGUUGGCUUUUGAUGUAACGGAUAUGAGAGGAGAGUAUUCGGAAUCGGAUGGAAUGAUGAGGAUCUUUGCGACGGUCGAAUUGCCGGAAAAUGGGCAAACCACGAUUAACCAGGUUUGGCAAGUCGGGGGGUCGGUUAAGGCGGGUGGGUUUCCGGCGAGGCAUGCUUUUCUAGCUCCGAAUUUGGGUUCUAAAGGGAGUCUGAAUUUGUUAAGUGGAGAGAUUGCAGGAGGAGGAAAUGGCAAUUCCAAAACAAAGAAGAGAAAUAUUCAUGGGAUACUGAAUGCAAUGAGUUGGGGGAUUCUUUUUCCGGUGGGGGUAAUCAUCGCUAGAUACCUCAGAACUUUCCCGGCGGCAGAUCCGACAUGGUUUUACCUCCAUGGGUUCUGCCAAGUUUCUGCUUACGCCAUCGGAGUUGCCGGGUGGGGGACUGGACUGAAGCUCGGAAGCGAAUCAAAGGGUGUCAAAUACUCCGGUCACCGGAAUAUUGGAAUUGCUCUGUUCUGUCUUGCAACACUUCAGGUUUGUGCAUUGUUCUUGAGGCCAAAAAAGGAGCACAAAAUUAGAUUUUACUGGAACAUUUACCACCAUGGAACAGGGUAUGCGGUGGUUGUUCUUGGUAUCUUGAAUGUGUUCAAGGGUCUUCAAAUAUUGUCACCUGCAAGUAAAUGGAGAUCAGCCUAUAUAAUUAUAAUCUCUAUUUUGGGUGUUAUUGCUUUGGUUUUAGAAGUACUUACAUGGAUUGUUGUAUUAAAAAGGAAAAGGAAGUCUGUGAAGGCCACCAAACCCUAUGAUAAUGGAGAUGCUAAGCAAUUGCCAUUGGCACCAUGAUUCAAACACCCUUUUGUUCUAUUAACUUUUUUGGGUUCAUUGAUUAUUUUGUGCUCAUUAUAUUGUACAUUAGGCCACUCUAUGUAAUGUUAUUUUCUGGUUGUUAUAAAUAUUUGUGUUUGGGACCUUUUUUUUCUCAUUUAUAUAUAAAGGACUCUCUUAAUUCUUCUAAUA